GCAGUAGAGGGCUGUAAAACGGGAUUAAACGCGACGUUUGAAAAAGCAGAGAAAGAACAUGGGCGCCUUUGUUUUCUGAUUAGCAUCACAGUUUUAUUAGUUUUAGAACGGUUUAAAUAUAUAUUUAAAUAACUCUGACUUUAAUAAAAGUGCAGCACGACUGCUUAAAGUAAGUGGUUAGCUCAACUCGUGAUUUGGCUAAUUCCAUGUAUGCUAACUGGAAACUGCUACUACUAGCCGUGUGGAUUAAGCUAACCAGUGAAGUGGGGGGCUGCGGAUGAUAUAAACCACAUAUAGUUAAAAAUUAUAUUAACUUUUGCUAGAUAUAACUCCGCUUUGGACUCUUACGUUUGAUCAGGGAGAGGAUGGAAGCUCCUCCAGUCACUGUUAUGCCCGUCACCGGCGGUGCCAUCAACAUGAUGGAAUAUCUGUUACAAGGCAGUGUUUUAGAUCAGGCUCUGGAGAGCCUCCUGCAUCGCCUGCGUGGUCUCUGCGACAACAUGGAGCCAGAGACUUUCACAGACCACGAGCUGGUUUACCUUUUGAAAGGCCAGCAAGGAAACCCCUUCAUUCUACGUGCCAGACGCUCGCUCUCCCACCCAAACGCUCCGUGGCACCUGCGGUAUCUAGGCCAACCUGAAGUGGGAGACAAGAGCCGCCAUGCUCUGGUCCGGAACUGCGUCGAUGUGGCCGCCUCUCAAAGCCUUCCGGAUUUCCUCAACGAGAUGGGCUUCCGCAUGGACCACGAGUUUGUGGCCAGCGGUCACAUAUUUCGCAAAGGAGCGAUGAAAGUUGUGGUCAGCAAAGUCUCACGCAUCCUAGUACCAGGAAACACGGAAAAUACAGAGCGAAUGUCGCUGUCGUAUUUAGUUGAACUGAGCAUUUUGGCUCCGGCCGGACAGGACACCGUGUCAGAAGACAUGCGCAGCUUUGCUGAGCAGCUCAAACCUCUGAUUCAUCUGGAGAAGAUCGACCCAAGCAAGCAGAGACAUUAACCUUUUGUGUUUUCAUUUCCAAUUCAAUGAUGUUUUUAAUACAGAUUUACUUUGCUUAAACUGUUGUAGUUGUG